AUGGAUGCCGUCUUUGCAGAGAUCAGAAAGCAAACCCCUACUUUCAAUUUGGGAGACGAAGACAGAUGGCGCCAAUUAUACGAGCCUCUGUACUUGCCAUUUCCAUCAGACAUUCGUGUCAGGAAGGAUGAGGUAUACGGGCCCGCAGAAAGAAAUCGGCUCGACGUCUACCUUCCCAGGGAAGACGGUAAAGACAAGACCGUGGUGGUCUAUGUCCACGGUGGCGGAUUCUUCUCUGGUGAUAAGGCUUGGAGUGAAAAGUGCUACGCAAACAUUGGUUAUUUCUUUGCAGACAAGGGAAUAGUGACUGUUGUGGUCAACCACCAAUUAGUUCCCCAUGUGCAAUAUCCAGGUGGAGCAAAUGACAUGCAACUCGCCCGACAAUGGGUUUUUGAUAAUGUCUCGAAACCGCAAUUCGGUAGUGGCUCGGUGGACAAGGUCUUCUUGUUCGGGCACUCGUCGGGAGGAGCACACGUCGCAAUGAAUCUCUAUGCAGCUGGUGAUCCCGAGAGGGUGCCCUCGCAGCCACUCUUCCCUCCCGUGGCCGGGGUCAUGUACCUCGAUGUGCCAUUUUGGUACGACAUGAGAAAACCUGUGAGAAACAAGACGAUAUCAAGCUACUACGGUUCGGAUUCGGAAGAUAUUUGGGGCCCAAUAUCUGCUCUAGGUCUAUUUCAGCGGCUACCAGCUGAUUCUCCAUUGCUGGACUCUACUAUAUUACCCGUCUAUCUCGGCUCAGUAGAGUGGGAAGUCCCUGAGACGGCAGACGCCACGACAAUGUUCUUUAAUGCCUAUCGUGCUCGGAGCAAGCCGACCGGGUCUCUUCCCAUUUUCGAAGUCGUGAAGGGCCAUAAUCACCUGAGGUAA